AUGAAUGAAUUUGCUGAAACAUCACCUGCAUCACCAGCGUUCGAAGAGUCCGAUUAUACGACAUGGAAUAUGGAUCCUUUACGAACAAGGAUCGUUUAUCAUUUUAUGAUGACUAUUGGCGAACUAGUUGGCAAAUUAUGGGCUGACAGAGAUCUCAUCAUAUCUCCAAGUCAUCUGGCUGUGUCUGCAUGGACUUUCACCGCCAAAUAUCGAGAUUUACGAACGGAAAUAGUACACAAUCCACAUCACACGUUUCUGAAUUCAGCACUGCCAGCAGCUCGAUAUAAGACUAUGCACGAUGCCACUACUGCUGCAUUUAACGAUUUAGAUAAGUUUACAACCUCAUUGUAG